CUGUGCCCACGAAGUGGGGACUGUGUUUAGUUUCAGAACCAAAUAAUGAAAUUGGAAAACAGCAUCCAGGAUAAUAAGACCAUCCAGAACCUCAAGUUUAAUACAGAAACCAAACUGCGCAUGGAGGAGAUGGCCACACUGCGGGAGAGCAUGAUGCGCCUGUGGAGUGAGGAGGGCCCCUGGGCCCUGACACUGGGCAGCAAGAGGGUCCUCAUGUCCCUGGUGAGGCAGCAGUUCUUCAUCAAGGACGUGGGCCCUGGCGAGGUGGUCCCAGUGAACUGCUGGGGCAUGUAUCAGGCCGUGAGGUGGCUUCAGUGGAAGGCUGUCCUCAUGAACCUGGUGGCCCGGCGGAGGCCCAGAGUGGUCUUGGAGAAGCCCCUCGGCCAGAAGCCUGCCCAUCGGCUCUCAUCCCUACCCCUUUCCCCAAAAUAAACAUGCCCUUGUGCCCAUCAGUGUCCAGAGUUCUCUCCCAGGGAGUCAGGAGGUCCCAGGCAGGAGAGUGACCAAGAGGCCCCUUUCCUGGACUCCCAGAACCCCUGCUCCCGCCCAAGCCAGCUGAGCCCCAGGCCCGGCCGCUCCCCCCAGGGCCUUCUGUCCACAGGCACGGUGGCCAGAGACCCACUUGGAACCAGACCCCCAGAGGAAGCGGCUCUUCUGCCUUCAUCUAGGAGCAAACAGUGCAUUCGUUUGCGCACUCAGACCUGCCCCCUCUCCCUGACCCUCCAGGAAACUCUCAGCCUCUCAGGGCCACUGGCCCUGCCACCAGCUGCAGACAUUGCCAGGAGGAGGGGCAGCCCUGGGACCAGCCGGGUGGGUGGGCCAUGUGGAAGGGUGCCCUUGCCACUGACUGGAAUCUCCCAGGCUGGUCUAGAGGGGAAUGCGGCUCACACAGCAUGUGGACCCCAUGAGCCCACUGCCUCUGAGGGACCACAACAGCUCCUACCCCAUCCUCCCCUCCUGUGGGCAUAGAUCCUGGAAGGCCCAUGCCCAUUCCCUGCCCUGGCCUGGGGACUCCCGACCUGAGCCAGCUUGUCCUGCUGGUGGCUGCCCUGGCU